AUGUACCCAACCAGCAUCCUUCGCACCGGAAAGAAGCCGUCACGCGGCUCUUCAAAACCAACCUUCCACCACCCCCUCCCCACAAGUAAAUCCACCCCCUCAUCAUCCCACCACAUCAAAAUUCUCGCCAAACAAGAAAUCCAGCAAGAAGCCCAAACAAUGGCUUUCCUCCUCCAACAAACUCCCCAGGAGAGAAUUCGUCAUAAGCUCGGUACUACGACACAAGAAGAAGACGCUACUGCCGCUGCUGCGAGAUUCAAGGAAUUGGCCAAGAGGGAAAGGGAGGAGGAGGCGGAGUUGUGGAAGGUUUUACUUUUUAAGAGGGGGUUGAUGGGGUUGUCUAUGUUGGGUUCUGAGGAGGAGGAGGAGGAGGUUCAGGUGUGA